AUGAGUUUAACCAUUAAUCAUGUAUGCCCCCCUCUAGCUCCGGCGAUUUCACUUCCAUCUCUUCCUCUUGCUCCGGCUCCACUCGUUGCUCUCCGUGAUAGGGCUAUGCCUAAUUAUGCACCAAUAAGGGGUACUAAGUUUAAUCUAGUUCCAAGAAUACUUAGAGUUGGACAAUCUUACACGUCUUAUAAUGCCCGAGUUAGUGUGUUCAUGCCCAGAAGUGGUAUUGUUAAUGUACCAAUGAUGGAAGAUGUAACAGAAAUAAAUCAUACAUUAAUAAUGCCUCAACAAAUUACUAAACCAGACCAAUGUCUGAUUUUUACUUUGCCCGACAUUGGCAAUGGUUCUACCAUCAAGGUUGGUAAACUUAUGUAUACAAAUGAACAAUGCGGACUUUUGGCACUUACCACAACUGAAAAUCAUAAGUAUUGGAAGUGGUCGGAAAACAGAACAAUGACCAAUGCAAUUCUUGGACUUUCGCAGCCAAGCAUUAGUACUAGUGGUACUCUGAACUAUGAGGCUGUCGUUUCUUCUUCGACUAUUACGAGGAAUAUUGACUGCUACUUGUUAUGCUCUAAUGGGAUGAAUACUCUAAUGAGACCUCAGCCUGAUUCAACAUUUACAGUUUAUCAUCCACACAACAAAAACAUAAUAUUGUCUGGAAUACAAGAAAGCUUUGUUUCUGGAGUUAAUUCCCUCAUUUUACAACUCUCGGUUGAUGAGGAGGCUCCUCAAAUUGGGGAAAAGAGUGUCGAGUUCCACACUGACAAAAUCCACAUUUGCAUGUCAUAUGAUAUGCAUCUCGCAAUAUUUGACAUCUUAAUGAUGACUCGUUACUUCAGAGAUGAACAUGAAUCAGUUGUAAUGGCCACUAAUUGCCCAUCAAUUUGCGAUUGGAUUGAGUGA